GCCAAGGAGAUGGUGUAAACACCGGCUCUAAAGGAGCCUCACGGAUAGUACAGGGGCUGCACGCAACGAUCUCCGAGAAAAUAGACAAGGAGCUGUACUUGAUCGGAGUACUGGACCAGUACCGCACUGGGACGCCGCAUACAUGGAGUACAGGCAACAGGUCUUUCUGGAACCAGAGCCUCUGAAGGAGUUGGAUGAAGAUCUGGUGUCAGACUUGGAACUGAACAAUGGCAUCACUCUGGAGGAGAGGGAGGAGAGGGAGGAGAUGCAAGCAGAGCUGGCCAAGCUGGAAGAAGAAAUCGCCACCCUGAAGCAAGUCUUGGCCGCCAAGGAGCAACAUCAAGCUGAGUUGAAGCAGAAGCUGGGAGUAACACCCCUCAGUGACUUGCGGCAGAACUUCAGCAGGAGCUGGCAUGAUAUGCAAGCUUCCACAGCGUACAAAAGGACCUCGGAAACACUAAGUACGGCCGGGCAGAAGACCACAGAGGCUCUCAGCACCUUGGGCACGGCGAUCAGCAGGAAGCUGGAGGACGUCAGCUCGUUCGGCCUCCAGUUUCUGUACGGGCAAAGGUACGGUGCCGGUGUGUUUGUGUGUGACGUGGAAUCGAUACUUACAGUGUGAAUGACCUGAAGAUCUGCAGCUCCGAGUCACUGACCCUUUCGGCUCAUUCGCCGAUUAGUUUGGUCCGUUCGCUGGUUGAACUCCAUCAGUCUCACUUCCCCAGGACUCGUGCUUCACUUACACAGACAGCUGGACUGUGACUCCUGCUUUAGGGGCACUAAGCUGCGAUUGUGAAAUCAUAUUGUAAAAAGACAGUGUUAAGAGGAGAUCAUUUUAAAAUGGAAUUUCAGUGUUAGGAUUUUUUUUUUUCCCCCAAGAGGACACUUUCCAGAUCACAUCAGCUGUCUUUCAUUGAGGAAUCACUGUCUUCAGCCCCUGCUGCAACAUGUGCUUUCAGUGCAGCUUGUUCUGGUCACGAGCACUAAAUGAGUUUGACUCCAUGCUGGCAGUGUCACUGGUGCCAGCUGAACACCGCUGUUACAUACUGGCAAAAGGGUGGGGGGGGGGGUGCGGUGCUCCAGGGGUUCACAGCAGCACCAUCCUCACAGAUAGCGCCCCCUAGCAACCACCCAGAUGUACACACCAGGGAUUUUGUUUUAUUAACUGCCCCCCUAAUUAUCGAGGUCUGACGCUGCGUACGCCUGCCUUGGCUGCCGGCCCCCGCCGCUUCCCCGCAUGUCGCCGUGUUGCAUGCGCAUUUUCGCUGUUUGACUGUCGGAUUGCGUUUGGUUGGUUGUGUGGAUUGAUGCUGUGCACAGAAGAACCACUCAGAAAGCUGAAUGCCUGCCACAGUUUUUUGUUUCUUAGUAAAGUCUGCCAUUUAUGAGUCUUUUAAGUUACAGUUUACUUACUUAGCAGACAGUUUUAGCCAAAGUGAUAUACGGUUGAGAAGCCGGGGUCAAAAAUUCCCUGGACCAAUUAGGAGUUAAGGGCCUCUCUCAGGGGCCCGAUGGUGACAUCACUCCGCUGAGCCUGGGAUUUGAACCAACCACCUUCCAAUCACAGGCACAGCAUCCUAUCCCAGGGCAAGGAAGCCAUGUUUCGUCUCAUUCUGCCUGUGCUGGUCAUUCACAUCUCCUGAAUGUGUUGGUGUGUGUGUGUGGGCAUCUAUAUAUUACAUUGUGGGGCCCAAAUGUCCCCACAAUGUGAUAAAAACAUGUUCUUUUGACCUUGUUGGGACAUUUUUUCCUUCCCCACAAGGGGAAACUCAAUUUUAUAAAAAUCUGUGAGUGCAGUCAAAAAACUAAAAUAGUCUCGUAUUUUGUUUGGUUACUUAUGGUUAAGGUUAUGGCUGGGUAGGGGUUAGGAUUGUUGUUGCUGCGAUAAGGGUUCUUCAUAUAGCAAUGAAUGGACGGUCCCCACAAAGAUAUGAGUACAAACGGUGAGGUGCUGGCCUGCUUGGCUUCCUUGUGGAGCUCCAGCGUACUCCAGCGACCUUCAGGGUCCAGCUCUCCAGCCUGUCCGCUGACCUGCAUGAAUUCUUAUGCUCUUUCUCCCUGUUUCCUCCCUG